GAUGAAAUGGAAAUACCUGAUGGCCCAGAUUGGCCGAAUAGAAAGACCUUUUAAAAUCACCUUGCUCUAUACUAACUGUGGAGCACAAGAGGCUGGAGUACUGGCAGUGGGCUCCUUGCAACUCAGGAAUUGCUUUCAUGAUAAAGAAAACCAAGAUCUUUCCAUGUACAACAAAGGCUCCACCUUGCCCUGCCUUCAUGGAGGCUGUGUCAGCCACCUACAAAUCUGUGAAUUCGUCAGUGACUGCCCUGCCAAAGAACAAGGAGCGAGGUGUGACAGUCUUCCAGAGGGCUCACAUUGCUCUUUUGAAGAGGGUCCGUGUGGCUGGACACUGAAUGAAAUUGCAGCAUCUCCUUGGUCUAUUCGGAGCUUUACUGAAAUGAUUCAAGAUAACUCGUUUGUAGGGUCUGCUUUGCAAGCCACUGGUGGACACUUCCUCUACCUGCGAGCAGACAGUAAUCAGACGAGCGGUAUGGCCAAGGCUUACAGUACCAUCUUGCCAGCCAGUAUUGCCACUGAAAACUACCAGAUCCAAUUCUCAGUGCGUGUUUUUGGUAGCUACAAUGGUACUGUCUCCUUCUCUGUCAGGGAAGAGAUAAAAGGAGCUCAAGUCAUCUCGCCAAUGUGGGAAAGGGCAGGGAGCUGGAGUGACCACUGGUUUCUCAUCACCUUACCAAUGCCAGUGCUUCAGAACCG